AUGAUAACAUUUAUACUAUAUGUUAUCAUAUAGUUCAAUGGUCCUUGCACACCUUAGGUACUAUUGUUUUUUACAUAGAUAAUAUAAGAUAUUCUUAUAUUAUCUAUGGUUUUUUAUGGUAGUUCUUAGUGCCGGGCAAGCGGAAUUGACAAUAUACAGUACUUCUAUAUUAUGAAUUUUGCAAAAUCCGAUUUCAGCCUAUGAUUAUACAGUAUUAAAAUAUUAAUUUUAAUUAAAAUAUUAUGGUCUACGGGAGACGUUAUCAUCUAUCAGCAAUUCAAACGGGUUUACGAUGAUUUAGUAUUUCGUAUUUUGACGUGUCGCUUGCAUUUCUGGCACUACGCAAUACGUCUCUUAUGACACGACUAUGAAAGUACGGACAAUGUCAGCCGUCAAACCCCAGUAUUCGAUUGGCAGUUCAGAUUUGUUUGACUGCAGCUGAAUCCUGCAGUGUAGUAUUGCUAUCGAAAAAAUAAAUAUGUGUAACAUAAAUGAACUAUAAAAUCUACUUGAUAUAUGCAUUUAUUCUUCAUAUAUUUAGAGUGUAACAUUUGUAAAUAUUUUUAAAAUGUCAAUAUCAGUGGAAAUAAAUGACAAUACAUCUUCAUAUGACAAACUUAGAGAGUUAUGUAAAGAAAAUGUUAUUUAUUUUUCAACUGACGAGAGGAAUGGUUCAACUGCCAUAUCAAAUUGUUUUGAACAAUUAUUUGAAAAUAUUGGAACUAUAAAACCUUUGGUUUAUGAAUUACGUAAUAUCUGUCAUUUGUACGAUUUUGAUCCAUCUAUACCAGGAAAUGGUUACCGAAGUUAUGUUACAGUUGUUGAUUUAUUUAUUGCCCAUUGUAUUAAAAUUUGCAACCAAAUGACUAUUAAUCGUAAUUCAUUUUUCUUUCGUAAAGCAUUUUAUACAAAAGAAAUUGAAUCAUGUAACCAAGUGAUGAGUGCAUUGGUAUUGUGCUUAGAAAACUUAUGUCUUUUAAUUGGUUGGAGUGAACCAGGCAUGUUAUUUGCUGGAAACGAUACUGCAGCUUUGGAGCUUAUGAUGAAAAUAGAACCAUCUAAGCUUUGUCCUUUUUAUGGACGAUGUUUAGCAUUUCAGUUUAAUGAGUCACUACAGCCUGCUUUGAAAACUAUUGCUAUAAUGAUGGCUGCUUUUAGUGAGGUAUACUAUAAUGAAAAUGGCAUGUUAGCUAGAGCAAAUACUGCAUGGAAUUGCAGCAAAUAUAUGUUAAAUCCAGAAUUAAGAGCUCGCAGGAUUGUCAAUGUUAUUCAAUAUUCUUCAAUAGAGUUUUACAAAGCAUUUUUAUUCCUUGGUGAAACCGAACUAUUGAAAAGUUUACCUAAUCUAGUUUCACCUGUAGUUGCUGUAAAUCGAUUGAUAUCUAUUCCUAGUAAACCAAUUUUAUAUUUAAAACCAGAUGGACAGUUAUUUGAACUUCAGCCCCCAAUGUGUCAUACUGGACCAGCUUCUUUAAAUGUUCGACUGAUUGCAAAAACUAAACGUGAAGGCAUGUUAGCUGAAAACCUUGGAAGUGGGAUCUUACCAGAACCUUGUGAUAAUCUUAUAAUACAUUGUCAUGGAGGUGGUUUUGUAUCACAAAGUUCAAGUUCUCACGAAUCAUAUUUAAGAGAUUGGGCUGUUCGCUUAGAGAUACCUAUAUUAUCUGUUGAUUAUUCACUUGCACCAAGGGCACCAUAUCCUAGAGCUAGGGAAGAACUAUUAUUUGCUUAUGUUUGGGCAAUAAAUAAUGCAGCAUACUUAGGUUCUACUGCUAAACGCGUCAUAAUGGCAGGUGAUUCUGCUGGAGGAAAUUUAAGUGCUUGUGUAGCAUUAAAAUGCAUAGAAAUGGGUUUUAGAAUACCAGACAGUUUAUUUUUGGCAUACUUCCCUUGUGCGAUAGCGUGGUCUCCAACACCUGCAAGAUUUCUUAGUUUAAUAGAUCCAUUGAUACCUUUAGGUUUUAUGACAAAUUGUUUGAAAGCUUAUGCUUGUCCUCCUGACAUCUACCAAGAUAGUUUAUAUGAAUAUAAAUUGAAAAAUAUAGCCAAACCAAAAGAUGGGGCAAAAGAUAAUUUCAUAGAAGAAGUAGAAUCUAGUGAAGAAGCUUUGGAGUUAAUACAAGAUACUAAAAAAGAUAGCCAAUCAACAAUAACACCAGUUGAAGAGGUUAUUAUGACUGCACAUGAACACAGACAAUCAAGAAGAUUUUCUACGAUGCUUACAGAGACUGCUGAGAAUAUAAGUUCUGCUAUUACUACCACAUUCAUUACAUUGACUGGAGGAACAGCAGAAGAAUAUAUUAGUGAUAGCGAAGAUGCUUUAAAUGAAGUGGUAGAAGAGACACCUUUGCCUAUAGAUUUACCUAAGUUACCAGAAGAUCCAUUUUUGUCUCCCUAUUUUGCAAGUGAUGAUCUUUUUAAAGAACUACCUCCUGUUCAUAUUGUGACUGUACAUAUGGACCCUUGUUUAGAUGAUUGUGUAAUGUUUGCUAAGCGGUUGAAGAAACUUGGAAAAAAAGUGAAAAUGGAUAUUUUAAAAGGGUUACCCCAUGGUUUUUUAAAUUUGGCUAUUACUUGUAAAGAAGCACAUGAAGGUUCAGUAUUAUGUGCUCAACGAAUUGCCGAAUUAUUUAAAGAAAUUGAAGAAUCUGAAGUUAAUUUUAUUUAAUUGGGAACAUUUUCUAAAUUACAUGUGUUCCAAAUUCUUAAUUAUAUAAUGCAUGACAUUUUUAAGCUUUUUCCUUACAAUCACAAAAUGUAGUAGAUUAUUAUUUGUACAUUACAGUUGUAUAAUACAUACAAUACUAUGUAAAGGUAAUUUAUGGGAUCAACUCAAAAUAUACUAACUACAUUUUUAUCAACAAAAAAAAAAUGUUUGCUUGUUAAUUGUGCACUGUAUAUUUACAGUAUGUGUUCUAUUAUUAUUAUAAACUUAUUAAUACAAUAAACAAAUAAAAAAAGCUUUUGAGAGUUUAA